AUUACUCCACAUUCGCAUCCAACGAACAUUAGAGCAGUUUGGAAAGCACGUGGCAACUGUAUCUGUAGAGAUCUCUAUAACGGUUUUUGAGUGGAAAGUGACUUAUGUGGUGCAUGUGCACUGCACUUCCUCCUGAGAAAAUCCUGCGAAGUCUACGCUUAACUGAAAAUAAGGCAGAUACAGACAACUAUAUCAAUUGUCAACUGUAAUAAUGCCAUUCUCGAUGCAGUAACAUUAAGCCAACUAUCAGAGCAACGCGGUGUAUGCGCGUGCGUAAUUUCGUCCAGUAGCGCCUGUCUACGAUCGGCAGUGCUUAUUUUAAGGGUGACUGAAAAACUUGGCAAAAAACGUUAACGGUGAAUUUAGCACCGGCAUUAAACUUUCUCACUGCUUCCAUCGCUCUGGCAAUGACUGCAAAUGACUUCCGGUCCCAACUGUUACUGCAGUGCAUUGGGAAAACAAGUGCAACGAUAUGCAAGAGCGCCGGUAACAACGACGACGACGUCAGAAAGUUCAUUAUGGAAGAUAUCGUGGAGAUCGAGUUUUGUAUCUUUGUUCGUUUUAUUCUAGUUUUACUAAAAUCAUUGGAGUAACCAGUGUUGUGGGUAGCAGUAGCGAUUAGAGGAGGAACAACGAUAUGCAAUGAAAAAUCAGGCUCCCUGUCAAGGCUAAUGUAUGAAAGCGCACACCGUUGUUGCUCUUACCUCAUCACCUAUGUGCUUAUAUUUGGUAGAAAAGUGUGAACGUGGCCGAAUUAAAGCGAAAUAAAACGGUCGAAGAUUUAGGCGCAGAUGACCUGUCUGGGCUGACCUAGGACCGCGUCGGAUACAAGUGAUAGUUGCAUUUCUUAAUCGCUGCAUUGAUUACCAUCCUGCUAUUUGUUGUCGCUAUUGUUGCGGAACCAAAUAAAUCCAAUGAUAGGUCAGCUGCGAUGUUCAUCCUCAGAGAAGUGCGGCUUAGCUAUAAAGUUAAUACUCGAGAGCAGACAUAGUAGCGCGCCAGGAGUUCUUGCGGCCAAAAAUCGAUACCGCAACACAAAGCAAAGUUGAUUUGUAUUUAGCUCGAGGACUACACAGGACAGUAUGUGACAGAAGGAAAUAGUGACAUGUCAUACAACCGCUACAGAUUCGACGAGUAACAGGGCUUUAAGCAUUCCUAGCCACGGCUCUUUCCUUGUGUGGAAACAAUAUGCCGAGAUUGUAAUUUUUCAAUGAAGUAAACUAAAAGAGAGUUAAGCAAGCAAUAAUACGAAGCUGAAUCGAUAAGUUAACAAAAGGCAGAGUGUAUACACAGAAUAUCUGUAAGUGUUAAAUGUCACCGUUAUAAGCGGGAUAUUGCAAAGUUCUUCGACCUAUUGUACGAAGCUGGAGAGAACAUACCUCAAGGAUACACCUUGAGUAUAAACUAUAUCUGGUCAGUAGUCUACUCGAGAGCAUACUGCCAGAGGGUUAGCAUUGGGCAUACAAAGCUACGCUGACCCACAUGUGUGAAAUUGCAUAAGAGAGCCGUUGUCGAUCAUUCCUAUCGAUCUGGAAAAAAAUGACUGAAUUAUCAGUUUUUACGAUUGACGACCAGGAUUUAUACGGAACGUGGCAUGAGACGCCACCAGCAACCCUUAAAACGCUCAAAUCUCCAAAAAUUAGAAAGUCUUUGGAGCAUAAUGAACAAAUGUAAUAAUAAUCAUAUAUCAGGCUCUAUACCUAUACAGUCUAUAUAGGUCACGUCACUGUUUCUCUUUGAGCUCGCUUCGAAGCCAAUUUGAAUCUCAACUGUCUGUUCUUGGUGUGAGCAAUAUCUGUUCAAGUCAAAAAGGACGCUUUUGCCUCUGACUCAAACCCAAACUAGGCACAAAGCAUGUUUCACCGAAAGAUGAGUCCCUUUCUGUACUCGCAGGAAUGGGCUUAUAUUAGAGCAGCUAACCCACGAUAAGUAGCCAAUACGAAAGGAGGCAUUUGGACCUGGUGGAGCAAAAGGUACAAACUUUGACCUAAACCAAGUCACGUUUACUAUCGGUACAAUUCACUGUCGAUUGUAUCACAAUGUCGACACAGUACCGACAGACAACUGUGGUAACGACGACGACAACUUCUCCUGGAGGAGUAAUCACAAUUAACCGAUCAUUCGUAUCUUCAGUUAGCGGAAUACUUACCUUCCUAGAAGUGGUGUUUGCGUUGAUAAUCUUCAUACUGACCGUGCAAACACGAGAUCGACCAUACGCAUAUGCAUACAAUCUGCCUUUGUACUUCGUCAACUUGACAUCAUUCUGUUUCCUAGUUGUUCUUUCACUCAUAAUUUUGGCGGCUUUUUUGUCAAUUACAGGAACGAUUUUACCCACGACAUUCUUCUUUAUGAUCCUGCAUUGGGCAGGCUUUGGAAUGUAUCUUAUGGGAGGCGUCGGGAUGCUCAUUAAGGACUACAAUGAAGCUGUCCUUGUAGCUGGCGCGGCGAUGUGUUUGGUUGCAGCAGCAUGUCACGUUAUGCAUGUGAUGUUAGCUCAAAGGGGGCGAGUAUGAUAAAAAUCACCUGUAC